AUGACGGACCGCGUCGCCCAAAUCUCACACCACCUCAACUACCCGCGCGGUCUGCUCGCCAACCAAGUGGCCAUCAUCACCGGCAGCGGACAAGGCAUCGGCGCCGAAACAGCGCGGCUCUUUGCCAACGAGGGCGCCAAAGUCGUCGUCACCGACAUUGACGCCGGUAUGUUCUCCUCCCUCCUCCUCGUCCACCACCACCACCACCACAGCCAACCAAAACCGGCAUCAUCUGACAAGGCCGCCAAAGCAAAAAGCGAUGCCGUCGCCGAAUCCAUCACCAAGUCGGGCGGCCAGGCCAUCUCCGUGCCAGGAGACAUCAUGUCCCCGGGGUACGUGGACAGGCUCGUCUCCAAAGCGGCCUCCUUUGGCAACGGCAAGAUCCACAUCGUCGUCAACAACGCCGGCUACACGUGGGACGGGGUGAUACACAAAAUGACAGACAAGCAGUGGGACACCAUGAUAGCGCUGCACUGCACGGCGCCCUUCAACCUGGUGCGCGCGGCGGCGCCCUACUUCCGCGUGCGCGACGGCGAGCCGCGGUGCGUCGUCAACGUCUCGUCCACGAGCGGCGUCCACGGCAACGCCGGCCAGAUCAACUACGCCCUCGCAAAGGCCGGCAUCACGGGCUUCACCAAGACCAUUGCCAAGGAGUGGGGGCCGCGCUUCGGCGUGCGCGCCAACGCCGUCGCCUUUGGCCACAUCGCCACGCGGCUGACGGCGGCCAAGGAGGACGGCGCCUUUGUCGCGGGGCCCGACGGCCAGCGGAUUGCCCUGGGCAUCCCGCAGAAGAACAAGGCCGCAGCCGCCGCCGACGGGCCUGCGGCUGCCCAUCCCGACAUCCCGCUUGGGAGGCCCGGCACGCCCGCCGAGGCCGCCGGGAGCAUCCUGGCCGUUGCGAGUCCCUUGUUCUCCUACGUCUCGGGGCAGACCAUCAUGGUGACGGGCGGGAGGAACAUGUAG